AUGAAUAAUUAUCAAAGAAUUGAAUUGCCCUAUGAACUUAAUGAAUUAGAAUGGGUUAUUUCUUUCAAAACCAUGUAUUAUCAUUACAAUAUUCUCCACAAAAAUUACGAAGUCAAACUUUUGGAAACACUGCGGGGGACUGAAAUCCCUGAACAAUUUUCUACUCUGGAAAACUUAAUGGAAAAUUUGGAGAAAUUGCCAGAGGAAAUAAAAAAUGACCAAAAAGCACGUGAACUGGCGGGGAAAGUUAACCCCGAUUUGCUAAAUCUUAUUCAAGAAAAGUUUGGCAGUUUAGAAAAAUUAAAAAAAGAAUUGGUAAAAAGUGCCUUAAAAGAUGGGCCUUGGUCUUUACAUUUACGGCCGCUAAUUGCUAUUGACUUCAAAAUGACAAAAAAAAUUAUUUCUUUUCGGUUAAAAGACCAAGAACAAAACCCAAAAAUCAAAGAAGGAGAAUUGGUAGGAAUUCCUAUUCAAUCAUGUCACGACCUCAUUUGGGGAAAUUGCGGUUAUUUGCUAGUUUCCAACGAUAAAGAGGCGAUUCAAUUUUUGGAAAAAGAAAGAGACGAACCUCAUUAUUUUCAAUUAGAAACCGAAGUUCGAGCGGAAGGACAAUUCAUGGAAGAUGUAAUUUCUGACGAAGGAAAAAAAUUAGGGCAAAUAGGCAAAGAAAGAUGA